GUGGGGAAGAAAGAAAAUUACAUCACUUGAAUGUGUAUAAAAGGGGCAGCAUUGCUAAAGCUCUAUAGCCUUGGCGUUUGGACACUCCCAAUUCCAAAACCAUUGUUUCUGUGGGAAGAUGAAGACCAGUUUCCUUCUCUUUGUGGUCUGUUUGGGAGCCGUUGGUGUUUGUAAUGGAGGUCGUCUGCGGAACCACUUCUACAGGAAGAGCUGUCCUCUUGCUGAGGAUAUCGUCAGGAACAUCACGCAUCGGCGCACUGCUGCCUACUCGCUGUUGCCUGCGAAGCUCUUGAGGCUGCAUUUUCAUGAUUGCUUUGUUAGGGGAUGCGAUGCGUCUGUGUUGCUGAAUUCUAAGGGGUAUGAAAAAGCUGAGAAGGACGCAGAUCCAAACCUCUCAUUGGAGGGUUUUGAUGUGAUUGAUGAAAUAAAGGCCCAGUUGGAGGAGGCAUGCCCUGGAGUCGUUUCAUGCGCAGAUAUUGUGGCUUUGAGUGCUAGGGAUUCCGUUUCCUUUCAAUUCAACAGAUCCAUGUGGAAAGUGCGGACCGGUAGAAGAGAUGGAAAUAUGUCAAUUGCACAGGAAGCCGUUGACAACUUACCUAGCCCUUACUCCAACUUCACCGCCCUCAAGCAAAAGUUCGCCUACAAAAGCCUCAACGUCCGUGAUCUCGUGGUCCUAUCAGGUGGACAUACACUUGGAGUGAGUCACUGUCAUCUCUUCAGCAAAAGGCUCUACGACUUCACAGGGAAAUGGGAUGUAGACUCUUCUCUGGAAUCAACCUAUGCAGAUUUCUUGAGAACCAAAUGCCAGAGCCUAUCAGACAAAACAACCACUGUAGAAAUGGACCCUCAGAGCUCCCUCUCUUACGACAACAAUUACUACGUGCUCUUGAAGCAAAACAAAGGUCUCUUUCAAUCCGAUGCAGCGCUUUUGACGAACAAACAUGCGGCCAAAUUCGUUGAUGAGCUGACUAACUUGACUGAUUUCUUUGCCAAGUUCGCGUUUUCUAUGGCGAGGAUGGGAAAAAUCGAAGUCCUCACAGGCAGUUCGGGAGAGAUUAGGAAGAAAUGCAGUGUUGUUAACUCAUAUUAAGAACAAUUUGAUUGGUAGGGCCCAUAUACUGAGAUUGUCUGGUAAUUUUAUUAAGUGAGG